UAGGCAGGGACUCUUGUUGCUUAGGCUGACUUCAAAUUUACUAUGUAGCCAAGGAUCACUCCAGUUGUGAUAAUUUUAUGAGUCAACUUGACUGGCCAUGGUACACAGAUAUUUGGACUGCAACUCCCAGAGUGCCCCUAGCGGUUGUCAGGGGCAACCAAGGAACGCAACUAAGUCUGGCUAGUCGGAGCACAACCCGGAGGCCAGCAGCCAUGGGGCAGGAUUACUAUGCUGUGCUCCAGAUCACUCGAAAUUCAGAGGAUGCCCAGAUCAAGAAGGCGUACCGGAAACUUGCCCUGAAGAACCACCCAUUGAAAUCAAAUGAGCCGUCUGCACCAGAGACAUUCAGACAAAUAGCAGAAGCCUACGAUGUGCUGAGUGACCCUGUGAAGAGAAGCAUCUAUGACAAGUUUGGAGAGGAAGGCCUAAAGGGUGGGAUUCCUCUGGAGUUUGGAUCCCAGACUCCGUGGACAACAGGCUAUGUCUUCCACGGCAACCCUGAAAAAGUGUUCCACGAGUUCUUCGGGGGAGACAACCCCUUCAGUGAAUUUUUUGAUGCAGAAGGAAAUGAUGUGGAUUUGAAUUUUGGGGGGCUCCGGGGUCGAGGGGUCCAGAAGCAGGACCCCCCAAUUGAACGAGACCUCUACUUGUCCCUGGAAGACUUAUUCUUUGGCUGUACCAAAAAAAUUAAAAUCUCCCGAAGGGUGCUAAAUGAGGACAGGUACUCCUCCACCAUCAAGGAUAAGAUCCUGACAAUUGAUGUGAAGCCCGGUUGGAGGCAGGGUACCCGAAUCACCUUUGAGAAAGAAGGGGACCAGGGCCCCAACAUCAUCCCGGCUGACAUCAUCUUUAUUGUAAAGGAGAAGCUGCACCCUCGCUUCCGUAGAGAGAAGGACAACCUCUUCUUCUUGCACCCCAUCCCUUUGGGUAAGGCCCUCACCUGCUGCACUGUGGAGGUGAAGACCCUAGAUGAUCGGCUACUCAACAUCCCCAUCAAUGAUAUCGUCCAUCCUAAGUACUUCAAGAAGGUACCAGGUGAAGGGAUGCCAUUGCCUGAGGACCCCACCAAGAAAGGGGACCUCUUCAUCUUCUUCGACAUCCAGUUCCCUACCCGUCUCACACCCCAGAAGAAGCACAUGUUACGCCAGGCAUUGCUGACCUAACUUUGGGGGGCUGGGGUGGGUGGAGGUGGCUAGCUGGGUCACCCACUCCUACUCACCCCAACUCUUACAGCACCUUCUGAUGUCCUGUGAGGAUGAGGUGGCAUGGGACCUUAGGCAGACGUAAUAAAGGUUCUUAUUAGCUGUG